AUGCGAGAAACAGUGCAGGCCCUUCUCCUCCUGGGGCUGAACCCCGUCUCCACUUCUCUGCAGGACCAGCACUGUGAGAGCCUGUCCCUGGCCAGCAAUGUCUCUGGGCUACAGUGCAAUGCCUCUGUGGACCUCAUUGGCACCUGCUGGCCCCGGAGCCCAGCAGGGCAGUUGGUGGUUCGGCCCUGCCCUGCAUUUUUCUAUGGUGUCCGCUACAACACCACAAAUAAUGGUUACCGGGAGUGCCUGGCCAAUGGCAGCUGGGCGGCACGGGUGAAUUACUCCGAAUGCCAGGAGAUCCUCAAUGAGGAGAAGAAGAGCAAGGUGCAUUACCACAUCGCGGUCAUCAUCAACUACCUGGGCCACUGCAUCUCCCUGGCGGCCCUCCUCGUGGCCUUUGUCCUCUUUCUGCGGCUCAGGAGCAUCCGGUGCCUGAGAAACAUCAUCCACUGGAACCUCAUCUCCGCCUUCAUCCUGCGCAAUGCCACGUGGUUCGUGGUCCAGCUCACCAUGAACCCCGAGGUCCACCAGAGCAACGUGGGCUGGUGCAGGUUGGUGACAGCCGCCUAUAACUACUUCCACGUGACCAACUUCUUCUGGAUGUUUGGCGAAGGCUGCUACCUACACACGGCCAUUGUGCUCACUUACUCCACCGACCGGCUACGCAAGUGGAUGUUCAUUGGCAUUGGCUGGGGUGUGCCUUUCCCCAUCAUCGUGGCGUGGGCCAUUGGGAAGCUGUACUACGACAAUGAGAAGUAAUUGUUUGGCAAAUGGCCC